UCCAAGCUGUCAACAACGCAUACAAGAGUAAUCGUGGGCAUCACUAUCAACACACAUUUUGAAAUAAUCAGUCGUAAAACCAGAUCUUGUAGGAUAUCACCAAACCAUACCUUCUGUUGAUGACAAAGUUACGGAAUACGGGGUCAUGAUUCUUUCAAGGGUGAAGCCAGCUAUUGGUGGGGAAACCCCUGUCACGAAGAAAAUUAAAGGAAAAGGCUCGUCAUUAGUAGAAGAUUAUCUCAAUCAGAGAGAUUAUGUGGGAGCAAUGACAUUACUUGAGUUUCAGCGCAGCAUUGGAGAACGAGGCGAAGAUGCAGACUUGUGGCUGGCAUAUUGUGCUUUUCACCUGGGGGACCACAAGCGAGCAAUGCAGGAGUACAAAGCUCUGACAGAGAGGCCAGACUGCCGUCCUGAUGUAUGGGUGUAUUUGGCUUGCACUCUCUUCCUCUUGGGAUUUUAUAAGGAGGCAGAGGAGGCGGGCAGUAAAGCUCCCAAAAGUCCACUUCAGAAUCGCCUUCUGUUCCACCUGGCACACAAGUUCAACGAUGAGAAGAAGUUAAUGGUGUUCCACCAGAAGCUGGAGGACAUGACAGAGGACCAGCUGAGCUUGGCCUCCAUCCACUACAUGCGCUCGCACUACCAGGAGGCCAUCGACAUCUACAAGCGCAUCCUGCUGCAGAACAGGGACUUCCUGGCCCUGAAUGCCUAUGUGGCUCUGUGCUACUACAAGCUGGAUUACUACGACGUCUCCCAGGAAGUCUUGGCCGUCUAUCUGCAGAGGGUUCCCGACUCCACCAUCGCCCUUAACCUCAAGGCCUGCAACUACUUCAGACACUUCAAUCAGAAGGCAGCGGAGGCAGAACUGAAGAACUUGAUUGAGAUAUCCUCAUCCUCCUCCUCCUCAUUUGAGUUUGCCAAAGAUUUGAUCAGACACAAUCUGGUUGUGUUCCGGAAUGGGGAGGGGGCUAUGCAGGUCCUUCCUCCACUUGUCGACGUGAUUGUUGAAGCCAGACUCAAUCUGAUCAUCUAUUAUCUCAGACAAGAUGAUGUUCAAGAGGCUUUCAAUCUCACCAAAGAAAUGGAACCCAGUCAUCCACAGGCUGAAGGCAGUGUUAGGCUUAAUGUACACCAGCGUACAGAGUACAUAAUAAAGGGUGUUGUGCAUGCAGCCCUCGGUCAGGAGGUGGGCUCGAGAGACCACUUGAAGGUGGCACAGCAGCUUUUCCAGCUGGUGGGAGGCUCUGCAAGCGAGUGUGACACAAUUCCUGGCAGGCAGUGCAUGGCUUCUUGCUUCUUCCUGCUUCGCCAGUUUGAGGAUGUGCUGAUCUACCUCAACUCCAUCAAGAGCUAUUUCUACAAUGACGAUACCUUCAACUUCAACUAUGGCCAAGCAAAAGCUGCUGUGGGCAACUACAAAGAAGCAGAGGAGAUUUUCCUGUUAAUCCAGAGUGAGAAGAUGAAGAAUGACUUUGUGUACCUGAGCUGGCUGGCACGCUGCUACAUUAUGAACCAGAGACCACGGCUGGCCUGGGAGCUCUACCUCAAGCUGGAGACGUCCGCAGAUUCUGUCAACCUGCUCAACCUCAUUGCCAAUGACUGCUACAAGAUGGGGCAGUUCUACUAUGCAGCAAAGGCAUUUGACGUCCUUGAGCGGCUGGAUCCGAGCCCGGAGUUCUGGGAGGGCAAGAGGGGCGCCUGCGUGGGGAUCUUUCAGCUGGUCCUGUCCGGCCGGCAGCCAAGGGAAACUCUGAGGGAGGUCCUGCCCUUGUUGAGGAACACAGGGAACCCCGAGGUGGAUUACAUUGUCAGGAUCAUAAAGAAGUGGGCCAAAGACAACCGGGUGUCUCUGUGAUACGACCUUAUUUAUUUAUUUAUCUGAACUGUGGACAUGUGCACAAACACACUGUUGUCUUCCAAAGUCACUGGCAGGCAAAAUAUUUACAGCUUGCCUUUUACAGUCUAUGCACAACACACUGUUCAACACAGUGUGCAUGCAUGCUUUCUACUACUUUGUGCAAAUUCAAGCUAUUGUGAUAUAUUUGUUGCUGUACAUAUAUGCAUCUUUAAGUUAAGUGGUCUUAAUAUUUUGUAUAAUAGUUAUAUAGGUUGUUAUAUUUUCCCAGUUGCAAUAUUGUUCAUCAAAAAAUCUUUUUAGCAAAAGAAAGAAAAAAGGAAACAAUAAAAAACACGACU